UUAUUUACCAUUGACAAGUUUCGUUUUUGUUAUGAUGCGUAAACAAACCCUGAGAUUGAUUGGGGUUUACAAAAGAACUUAAGAAUAUAAGCGAUGGACACCAAACCCUCAUCAGUGGCGACACCAGGGCAGACCCUGGACCAACAGGCCAAGAAAUUAUCCAAAAAGCAAAGAAGAGAGCAGAGGUUGCAGGAGCAAGGCAAACUAGACCCAGCAGGUAAACCCUUUGCAGCACCAACAGCAGCAGCAGCUGCAGCAGCGAGUGGAAAGACACCAGCAAAGACACCUGCAGCAGCCGCAGCGUCAGAGUCUCAGGGAACUCAGAAGAGUAAAGCAGAACUAAAGGCUGAAAGACGUGCCAAGCAGGAGGCAGACAGACAACGAAAAGCCAAGGAAGCUGGCGGAGGCCAUGGAGGGUCAACGGGGGCGCCAUCUGGGGGGUCAUCAGGGGUAACAUUACACACCAAAAUCAGAGCUUCAAAAUCCACAUCGUCAGAUGGACCAGUCUCGAGUUUGUCCAAGAAAGAGCCCCCUCGUGUGUCGGACGCGUUGAAGCAAGAUGAUCCAAAGGUGCAGAAGAGAAGAGCCAAGAAAUUGGAGAGACAUCAGAUUCCCCAACGAGCUGAGAUCGAGCGCAAAGUCAGUCUCUUCUCUCAUCUCGAUCAAUAUGAGAGACAGGUGUCGAUCACUAGAGGGCUGAGCUUCGCUAGCGGAGGGAUCCAUCCGGCUGUUAUGAGAUUAGGAUUACAGUAUGCAGAGGGGAUUAUCUGUGGAGCUAAUGCAAGAUGUAUAGCCAUGUUGCAUGCUUUCAAGCAAGUCAUAGCUGACUACACCACCCCACCCCAGAAGGAGUUAUCCAGAGAUCUAGAAAGUAAGAUCAAACCAUACAUCAGUUUUCUGAAUGUAUGUCGACCUAAGUCAGUGAGUAUGGGGAAUGCAAUCAAGUAUGUCAAGCUACAGAUAAGUCAGAUUCCCCAGGACAUGGCUGAUACAAAGGCAAAGGAACAUCUAUAUCAGUGCAUUGACUCUUAUGUGAAUAAGAUUAUUCUGGCUGCUGUAGCAAUCUCUAAAGAUGCGAUUAAGAAGAUUAAAAAUGGAGAUGUAAUCCUCAUAUACACAUGUUCUUCCCUGAUAUACAAAGUUCUUUGUGACGCCCAUGAAGCCGGCAAGACAUUCCGAGUGAUCGUGGCCGAUAGUAGACCCAAAUCAGAAGGCAUUGAAGCUGUACGUCGACUCAUGAAACAUGGAAUCAAGUGUACAUACAUCCUGAUCAGCGCAAUCUCCUACAUGAUGCAAGAGGUAUCCAAGGUGUUCUUAGGAGCUCACGCCUUAUUGGCCAAUGGUUACGUCAUGUCUAGGGUGGGGUCGUCCAUCAUCGCUAUGGUAGCCAAGGCGUACAACGUGCCCGUUCUUGUCUGCUGCGAAACCUACAAGUUUAGUGAACGUGUACAAACAGAUAGCUUUGUCUUCAAUGAGUUGGGAGAUCCAGACGAUCUAGUGAAGAUCAGGAAACCCACCCAGUACCUGAAGGACUGGAGAAACAUCCAGUCCCUAACCAUCCUCAAUCUCGUCUAUGAUGUCACACCACCUGACUUCAUCUCCAUGGUGAUCACCGAGAUUGGCAUGUUACCAUGCACGUCUGUACCUGUCGUGUUGAGAGUCAAGAAUGUCGAAACGUAACCCAUCGUGUCCUGGACAGGCCUGGAAGUAGUUGCAGGCCCUGGAGGCCAUUGCCCGUGGUCUUGGCCUUCGGCCCCUUCAAAAGUUUCUCAUUGGUUUUAAGAUUUUUCAAUGGAAUGGCCCUCUGCAAAAUGAUAAUUGCUUUGCCCUUUUGAAGAUCAAAUUCCAGGCCUGUUUGGAGACCUUAGAAGUUGAACAAAUCUACAUAUAAUCUGUGGUAUUUUGUUAAGGGAGUGCCCUCAAACCAAUAAGGGUAAAGUAUCUUGCUCAAGAAUAUAAACUGGAACCCACAUAAACUGGAACGUCUUGCACCAGAGCUUCAGUCCGUCACUCUUUACCCCUGGGCCACGGCACGCCACAGUCACCUAUUGUCAAAACAAUUUUCGUUUGUGCAACAAUGUCAUAUUUUUGUCAAAGGGAGUGGACUGCAGACUGUUUUGCUGGGCCCUGACAUUAGGGCUAGCCCUUAACACUUGCCCAUUAAAAACUGCUUGGUCAGUAAGCACCACCUCCACUUCUCCUCGCCGCGCGCCUCACUAUCGAGUGUUAGCGGGCGCUGUUGAAAAAAUGCCAGAUCACCCCACCACACCACACUCAAAACAACAAUCACGGCUUACAGAAAUAACCUCUUUCAGUGGAAUAGUCACUGUGUGUAUAGCGUUGAGUGUAUGGGGCCUUUGGCAUACCAUACAGGUUGACCAACUCAACAAGAACGUCUUGCACCAAGUCUACUGCAAAUGCUUCAAUGGAUAUGGAGGAAGAUAUAAUAUACAAGUGUCUCGUACAUUUAAAGGCAGUGGACACUAUUGGUAAUCACACAAGUUUAGAACUUGAGGUCUCGAAAUCAACUAUCU